AUGAAUAAAUAGCUUAAAUCCGAAAUUAGCAUAAAAGCAAGCAAUAUAGAACAUAAAUGGUUUUCUGAUUUAAUAUCAGGGCUAAUAGGUGGACUUGUUUCUGUCACAGCUUGUGCACCUCUAGAUAUAGCUCGUACUCGUUUAAACAUGAUGAAUUCUCAGUAUUCUGUUAAAAAGUAUGAAGGUUUCUUGCAUGCCUUACAGACAAUACAAAAAGAGGAAGGUUUUAGAGGAUUUUACAAAGGUUAUAAUGCAACAGUGAUCAGCAUUCCACUAUUUCAUUCUCUUUUUUUCACAAUUUAUAACUAAAUGAAGCCAUUUAUCAAAAAUCACAUGACAGAUACUCCACUUGUAAUCCAACAUAUCUGUGCAUCUACAAUUACUGGUUUUAUUUGCGAUACUCUCACAAAUCCUUUAUGGGUUGUCAGAACUAGACUACAGGUAUAACAUAUGCAUUAAGAUUCGAGUAAGUACUCAGAUGGUUUAUUUAAAACAUUCAGAAAGAUUUAAUAAGAGGAAGGAUUUAAGGCUCUCUACAAAGGUCUUGGUGCUUCAUUAUUAGGUCUGACUCAUGUUGCCUUCCAAUUCCCCAUUUAUGAGUACUUAAAAGCUAAGUUCGAACACAAUAAAAGUCUUUAAAAUAAAAAAGUAAACUCAAAAGAUAUUUUUGUUGCUUCAGUUAUUUCUAAAUUUAUAGCAUGCUCCAUAACAUAUCCACACAUAGUUAUUAGAACAAGACUGUAAGAUAAUAGAUAAAAUUAUGGAAGCCUUAAUUUAUCCCAUAGACUGAGAAUUAAAGAUAUAGUGAUGGAUAUAGUUCAUAAAGAAGGAUUAAAUGGCUUAUAUAGAGGAUUAAAAGUAGAUUUAGUUAGAGUGCUCCCUGCAAAUACAAUCACUUUUAUAGUAUACGAAUAUUGUAAAUCUGUAAUAGAUGGGUAAACUAAAUAAUAAAGUGAGUUGCUACAUUGA